AUGUCGCCUCAUUCUAGCUUGCGCAUUGGGUUCUCGAGGGUGGCUGUGAAUAUUUUAGGAAAUGGUGCCCUGUUUUUGUUUUCUCUGCUGCAAUCGGCCUUCUUCGUUUACCUUUACGAAGGUCUCCUAUUGUCGGCUCUUAUACAGCAAAAAGAAGAAAACCCUCUUAAAGAUGCAGAUGGGGUUAUCAAUCUCAUCGCUGAAGGGAAAUAUCGUCUUGUGACAAAUUAUCGUGGGAAUUGGUACUUCGACGAGAUGGAUAAUUCAAAUAUCUCGCAUUUUGCGAGACUUCGUGCUGCUACGUCUUCGAAUCCAGUGGUGGUGGCUGGUAGCGUAUCCGAAGCUCUAGAUCUAGUUGAAAAAGGAAACUACAUUUUUCCCAUUCAAGAAGAUAGCCUUGCAAUGCAAAUGAGCAGAGAAAGAUGUAACCUCGUAUACGUUAAUCGUGGACAACCACAGCGGUCAGCCCAUCUCAUUUUCGCAAAUAAUAGUCAGUUCCUCAAAAAGUUCAACACGGAAAUAAUUAUGCAAUCGCGAUUCGUUCAAAGGACCUUCAGAAAGUAUUUUACGGAAGGAUUCAAACUGGCGAAUAUUCCGAAGUGUCCUGUUACUGAAUAUGAGGAAGGAUCCAAGUCUCUCGAUGUAAACAGUAUGAUAGGCAUUUUUGCGGUUGGAGCGAUAGGGAUGUCCUUCGCAUUCGUGGCUUUUGUAGCUGAGAUUUAUCACUUCUGGCAUAAAAAUGUGUUGAUGCGGAAAUGGACAGCUAAUGCUCCACUUGGAGGAGUUCAGAACAUCUUAGCAGUUGCAAAGAUCUACUUCAACACAUCAAACAACGACCAGUCCACUGUGAUGAAGUUGGCUGAGCAUCGACAGAAAAUAGUGAAAGGAGAUCAAACAUGCAUAGAAACUUCUACAUUUUGA